AUGGCUGCCUUUUUCUUUGUAUGUUUUUUAUUAUCUGUGUUGCCUUUUUCUGAAUCAGUAUAUUUCAGGAUUACUCGUUUUGAUACUGAUGCAACGAAUAUACUCUAUUCAGGCGAUGCAGUACCAUCUGUAGGAGCCAUAGAGUUCAACAAAGUCAACUACCUCACUCGUGUCGGUCAUGCCAUAUAUGCCGAUACAGUCCCGAUUUGGGUAAGAAAAACUGGUAAAGUUACCGAUUUCACCACUCACUUCACUUUCAUUAUUGAUACACAAGCCCAGUCCUCAUAUGGUCAUGGGCUAGCUUUCUUUCUAGCCCCAGUUGGCUUCCAAAUCCCACCAAACUCAGCUGGUGGCUUUUUAGGCCUCUUCAAUACAACUUACACUGAUUCCUCUCGAAACCAAAUGAUAGUCAUCGAGUUUGACUCUUUUGUGAACGAUGACUGGGACCCUCCUUUUGAACAUGUGGGUAUCAACAAGAAUUCAAUUCAUUCGGCAAAUUAUACUGCUUGGAAUGCUAGUUUACACAGUGGAGACCCUGCAGAUGUAUGGGUUUCUUACAACGCUACCACACAGUUUCUGAACUUGUCGUGGAGCUAUGGUGCUGGAAAUGGUACAAAUACCAGUCUUUCGUAUCAAGUUGAUCUCAAGGAAGUUCUUCCUGAAUGGGUAACAGUCGGGUUUUCAGCUGCCACGGGUGCUAAUGUAGAGAGACAUAUCCUUCAGUAUUGGGAGUUCAAUUCAAGCUUAAAUGUAAUGAAGAAAAGCAAAAACAAUUCAAAGGGAUGGAAACUAGCAGUGGGACUAAUAGUCCCUUUUGGUGUUCUUGUUGUGGUGGCCAUGACAGCAUUUGGUAUUUAUUGGAGAAGACAAAGAAACGUUACACAGAAAUCAGUAGAAACCGUCGUCUAUACUUCCAUGAAUGACGAUCUUGAACGAGGAGCAGGACCUAAGCGGUUUUCUUACAGUGACCUCGUUACUGCAACUGAUAACUUUUCAAAUGAACGCAAGUUAGGAGAGGGUGGAUUUGGUUGUGUCUACAGGGGCUAUUUAGAUGGCAUACCAGUUGCUGUGAAGAAAAUCUCACAGGGUUCUAAACAAGGAAAAAAAGAGUACAUAACAGAAGUCAAGAUUAUUAGCAGUUUAAGACACAGAAACUUGGUGAAACUCAUCGGUUGGUGUCAUGAUCAAACUCAAUUCUUGCUCAUUUAUGAGUUUAUGCCAAAUGGCAGCCUUGACUCCCACCUCUUCGGUCAAAAUAGUCACCUUGAUUGGGCAGUGAGGUACAAGAUUGCUACGGGCUUAGCUUCUGCAUUACUAUAUUUACAUGAAGAAUGGGAACAGUGUGUGGUGCAUCGGGAUAUCAAAACAAGCAACAUUAUGUUGGAUUCAGGGUUCAAUGUGAAGCUUGGAGAUUUUGGAUUGGCUCGACUAAUGGACCAUGAGUUGGGUCCACAAACAACGGGUUUAGCUGGGACACUAGGCUACUUGGCUCCUGAGUAUGUAACAACAGGGAAGGCCAGCAAAGAAUCGGAUGUAUAUAGCUUUGGGGUGGUUGCAUUAGAGAUUGCUUGUGGACGAAAGGCUAUGGAUAGCGUUGACCCAAAUUCUGACCUCGGGUUAGUUCAGUGGGUUUGGGAUCUGCUUGGAAAAGGUGAUCUGAUUUCAGGUGUGGACCAGAAGCUGAACAAGGAAUUUGACACGAAACAAGUAGAGUGUUUGAUGAUGGUGGGGUUAUGGUGUGCACACCCUGACCGAAGUCUGAGGCCAUCUAUCCGACAAGCGAUUCAAGUACUAAAGUUUGAGGGUGCAGCACCAAAUCUUCCAAUGAAGAUGCCAGUGCCCAUAUACUUUGCAGCACCGAAUGAACCAGAUGUCAGUUCUGGAGCUGCUUCGAUAACUUACACCAGCAUUGAUCUGGUCCGUUGA